UACCGUUUUAUUUAUAUUUUUUUAUUUUUUCUUAGCAGGAACAGCACAGAUUUUGGUCAAAAGUUUUAGCUCUUGUUUUUUCUCAAAUUUAACUCUUAGUAAAAGUACAAGAAAAUGUUAUCGUUUUUUAGUAAAAAGAAACCCAGCCCUGACACUCCACCUGAAGACAUAACAGUCAAAGGUCCGUCAGAAGUGAAUGGAGAGGAAUUCAUAAUAGUGGAAAAUCAACAUCAAGGAGGACCUGCGUCAUUUAACAAUCCUUCAACAAUGAUGCCACUUUAUCCCUAUCCACCUACCAAUUUUGGUUUACCACCUUCCAACUAUAAUAAUUCAUCGAAUGCGUCACAAACUCCUGUCCCAUAUGUCAUGGGCAUACCUUUUAAUCUUUCACCUCAAUUAUGCACAAAGAAUAGUUUCGAAGUGACGCAGAUGGAAGUUGAUGGAAUUCUUGCACUCAUGACUAAACAAAUGCAAUUGGAUAUUGAUUAUGAUUUUAAUUUAGAACGCGGAAUUCUCAGUGAGUGCUAUUAAAACUUUACUUUCUUAAGUUUCAAGCAAAUAAACUGUUGUAUUAAUAUUUAUAAAAUAAAAUCACAUAAUGUUAGAUUAUGCUAUUCCUAAAAAUGAUUUUAAAUAUUAAAAGUAAAGUUAAUAGGUAUAAAAUGUUUUCUUUUCCAUACAAUAAUAAAGUACCUAUCUAAAUAGUA